UGAAUUUUUUUCUUUCUGUUUUUCAGUUUCUGAUUUGACGCACACGUGACGUGGAUUAAACUCAUUAUUGUCUCUUCCCUUUACCAGCUCCGACUUGUUUAAAAAUUUGAUUCGUAGUCAUCUCUUAUCCUUUCUUUGAUUUUGAUCCACUUCUCCAAUCGGUAUAAGUACACACAGACAACGCCUUGUAUUCUUAUUUAUAAUCGACUCUGUUAAACAUGAGAAUCGAGGAGAGCGGCCAUGGCGAAUCGGCGUCCAGGAAGCAUCUGGUGUUUGCAUACUAUGUCACUGGUCAUGGUUUCGGCCACGCCACCCGCGUCGUUGAGGUUGCCAGGCACCUAAUCCUUGCCGGACACGAUGUGCACGUGGUCACUGGUGCACCUGACUUUGUUUUCACUUCAGAGAUACAGUCCCCUCGUCUCUUCAUUCGCAAGGUGCUUCUUGACUGUGGAGCUGUUCAGGCAGAUGCAUUGACAGUGGACCGUCUUGCCUCGCUAGAAAAAUAUUCAGAGACUGCUGUGACACCUAGGUCUUCUAUUCUGGAAACGGAGACAGAGUGGCUGAACUCCAUCAAAGCAGAUCUAGUGGUUUCAGAUGUUGUUCCAGUUGCAUGUAGUGCAGCAGCUGAUGCUGGCAUUCGAUCUGUUUGUGUCACCAACUUCAGCUGGGAUUUCAUUUAUGCCGAGUAUGUGAUGGCAGCUGGCAUUCAUCAUCGUUCAAUUGUUUGGCAGAUUGCAGAAGAUUAUUCUCAUUGCGAAUUCUUAAUCCGCCUUCCGGGAUAUUGCCCUAUGCCUGCCUUUCGUGAUGUUAUUGAUGUACCUCUGGUUGUGAGGAGGUUGCACAAGUCCCGCAAGGAGGUGAGAAACGAACUUGGAAUUAGCAAUGAUGUCAAGCUAGUUAUUCUGAACUUUGGGGGACAGCCGGCAGGCUGGAAUUUGAAGGAGGAGUACUUACCUCCUGGUUGGCUUUGUCUGGUCUGCGGUGCUUCCAACAGUCUGGAGCUUCCCCCAAAUUUCAUUAAGCUUCCAAAAGAUGCCUACACGCCUGAUCAUAUUGCAGCAUCCGACUGUAUGCUUGGAAAAAUCGGAUAUGGCACGGUUAGUGAAGCCCUGGCAUACAAGUUACCCUUCGUGUUUGUACGCAGAGAUUAUUUCAACGAGGAACCAUUUUUGCGAAAUAUGCUCGAGCAUUAUCAAAGUGGUGUUGAGAUGAUACGGAGAGAUUUGCUCACUGGUCAUUGGAAACCGUAUCUUGAACGUGCAGUCAGUUUGAAACCAUGCUAUGAGGGGGGCAUAAAUGGUGGUGAGGUGGCAGCCCACAUUUUGCAGCAGACAGCGAUGGGGAAAAACUAUGCAUCAGAUAAGUUUAGUGGGGCUAGACGGUUGCGCGAUGCUAUUAUUCUUGGAUAUCAACUGCAAAGAAUUGCUGGGCGAGAUUUAGCCAUUCCCGAGUGGUAUGCCAAUGCUGAGAAUGAACUGGCAUUAAGUACCGGGUCACCAACUUCUAGGAUGGAAGAGAACAGCUCUCUGAUGAGAUCAUAUACUGAAGACUUUGAGAUUCUUCAUGGAGAUCUUCAAGGUCUUUCAGAUACAAUGAGCUUUCUGAAAAGCUUGGCAGAACUAGGUGGUGUACAUGAUUCUGAAAAAAAUACUGAGAAGCGCCAGUUACGGGAGCACAAAGCUGCUGCUGGAGUUUUUAAUUGGGAGGAGGAGAUCUUUGUGACAAGAGCACCUGGAAGGUUAGAUGUUAUGGGAGGGAUUGCUGAUUAUUCAGGAAGCCUUGUCUUACAGAUGCCUAUAAGAGAAGCUUGCCAUGUAGCACUGCAAAGAAAUCAUCCUUGCAAACACAGGCUCUGGAAACAUGCUCUGGCUCGGCAAAAUUCUAAAGGACUAGGGCCAACACCCGUUCUUCAAAUUGUAUCGUAUGGGUCUGAACUGAGCAAUCGUGGUCCAACCUUUGACAUGGAGUUAUCUGAUUUUAUGGAUGGAGAUAAGCCAAUAUCAUAUGCGAAGGCAAAGGAAUAUUUUGCUCAAGAUCCAUCCCAAAAGUGGGCUGCGUAUGUUGCCGGGACCAUUCUAAUUCUGAUGACAGAAUUAGGUAUACGCUUCGAGGAUAGCAUCAGCAUGCUGGUUUCUUCUAGUGUACCAGAAGGUAAAGGGGUAUCUUCUUCUGCCGCUGUGGAGGUUGCUAGCAUGUCUGCUAUUGCCGCAGCUCAUGGGUUAAUUAUCAGUCCAAGAGACCUUGCUUUGCUCUGCCAAAAGGUAGAAAAUCACAUUGUAGGAGCUCCUUGUGGUGUUAUGGAUCAGAUGACUUCAGUGUGUGGUGAAGCCAACCAACUUCUGGCAAUGGUGUGCCAGCCUGCUGAGGUACUUGGGCUCGUAGAGAUUCCCAGCCAUAUUCGAUUUUGGGGACUUGAUUCAGGAAUAAAACAUAGUGUUGGAGGUGCAGACUAUGGCUCAGUCAGAAUAGGUGCCUUCAUGGGUCGAAAGAUAAUAAAGUGUACAGCUUCUGAUGUUUUGUAUAGAACAUUGUCCAUUGAUAAUGGGAUAAACCCUGAUGAGAUGGAGGAUGAUGGUGUCCAAUUACUAGAAUCUGAAGCUUCAUUGGACUACCUAUGCAACUUGUCUCCUCACAGAUAUGAAGCUAUAUAUGCUAAGAUGCUUCCAGAAUGCAUGCUUGGUGAUUCCUUUUUGGAGAAAUAUGCGGAUCACUGUGAUCCCGUCACAGUAAUUGAUCGGAAGCGUAUGUACAGUGUGCAGGCACCUGCACGGCAUCCUAUCUACGAGAAUUUCCGCGUCACGGCUUUCAAAGCACUGUUAUCAUCUGCAACUUCAGAUGACCAACUCAUAGCCCUUGGAGAACUGUUAUAUCAGUGCCACUACAGCUACAGUGCUUGUGGACUUGGUACCGAUGGGACAGAUAGACUUGUACAGUUGGUACAGGAAAUGCAGCAUAAUAAAUCAAAAUCUGAAGAUGGGACAUUAUAUGGAGCAAAAAUAACUGGUGGUGGCUCUGGCGGUACAGUAUGUGUAAUUGGCAGGAAUAGUCUUCGGAGCAGCCAGCAAAUUCUCGAGAUUCAGCAAAGAUACAAAAAUGCGACAGGGUAUUUGCCUUUUAUUUUCGAGGGUUCAUCACCUGGAGCUGGAAAGUUCGGGUAUCUGAGAAUCCGUCGUCGUGGCAAACUUGUUUGUUGAUGCAAUAAAGGAGUUUCUAUAUUAUUGAUAAUAGUAUUUCUACGUACAUCAAAAUAAAUCACAACUCCCCUCACCUCGACAUUCAUCAAGAGAUUCGAGGAAUAUGGUUAUCAAUUAAUAAGUCAUAUUUUUUUUAAUCUUGGAUUCAAUAUUGAUGAUUUGAUGCUGCACUAAUGACCCAAUUGUCUUAACCGAUGGCCUCUAGAGUUUUUUUAUGUAUACGUUAUUGGAAUUUGAAGAUCCACUUCCUCUAGUUUGUUAA